GUUUUUCUCACGUUUACCAACACGAUUCCAGGUGUCCGAUUGGACUCAGUUCUUCAAACCUUAAUUUUGAUAGUUUCCGGCAAAGAGCUACAAUUAUCAAUUAAAAACAGAGCAAAACAUACCCGGUCGAAGCAGCAGCAGCCCAGCACCAAUAAUCGAAACAAAAAUGUCGGCUAAACGUAAGGCAGGUGGAAAUGGAGCCGGACCCAACAAGCGGCGCCCCAAGAAGAAGGAGUCCGACUACGAGGACGACUUCAGUGAUGACUCCGAUGAUGAUGCCGCACAGCAGGCUGCCGCCGCUAAUCAAAUGGAGGUUCUCAUCCCCCAUGACGACCUUGAUCCACCCAGCAAGCUGCCCGAGGACCUUCUGGCUUCUUUGGAAAAGACACCGGGACAGUUGUUGUUGGCUGGAAUGGUCACCUGGGACUUGACCGGCAAGCGAGAUCGCAAAAACGUCACAAAAGUGCGUCCAAAUCUAUACAGUUUCCAUCGGUUCACGGAUGAAAAGUAUCGUUAUGUGGCCAGCGGUCCAAGUGCUGCUCAUACCAUUCUUAUCAAUAUGGACCGUAAGGCGAUGGGCUUUGGACGGAAUCCAAGCGGUCAGUUGGGUCUUAGCCAGGACAUCAAGCUGGUGGAGAAGCCUACGAUCAUACCGGCUUUGGAGCAGGAGAACGUGGUGCAGGCGGCCGUCGGGCGACACCACACACUCUUCCUCACCGACACAGGCACCGUGUACGCCUGCGGUGAAAACAAGUCGGGACAAUGCGGCGUGGGUAACACUCACGCGAACAUCUACACUCCGACCCCAAUCAAUUACCGUGGCCCACCCAUCAUUCGGAUCGGAUGCGGUGCUGAGUUCUCAGUCAUCCUGGACAUCAAGGGCAAUCUUCACACCUUCGGGUUGCCGGAAUACGGCCAACUUGGUCACAACACGGAUGCCAAGUACUUUGUAAACGCCAACAAACUGUCAUUCCACUUCGAGACAUCGCCCAAGAAGGUUGUUCUCUACAUUGAGAAGAGCAAGGAAGGCCAUGUCACGCCCGUAGACGGUGUCCAGAUAGUCGACUUUGCCUGCGGAAAUAACCAUACGGUGGCCAUUGACUCCAAGAAGCGGGUAUACAGCUGGGGCUUUGGUGGAUUUGGGCGCCUUGGCCACGCCGAGCCCAAGGACGAGAUGGUGCCGCGUCUCAUGAAAUUCUACGAUGCUCAAGGCCGCGGCGGUCGCAGUGUCUUCUGUGGCUCCACAUUCAGUCUGGUUGUCAACGAGCUCGGCCUACUGUUUCUGUUUGGUCAGAAUAAGAAGACAGGAGAAGCCAAUAUGUAUCCGAAGCCUGUUCAGGACCUAUCCGGGUGGAACAUUACCGAUAUUGGUUGCGCCAAUACCUCGAUAGUGAUUUCGGCCGAUGAUACACUGAUUGCCUGGGGCGCUUCGCCCACAUUUGGCGAGUUGGGAAUCGGCGAGUUCCAGAAGUCCUCAACGGUGCCCAAGGAGGUGCCAAAGAUGGAUGGCAUUAAGAUACCUCAGGUGACCAUGGGUUAUUCACACACAGCGCUGCUUGUAGACACCACCCAUGAGGCUACCAAGCAAAAGUACGACAAGUUGUCCGAAUACACUAUUGAUGAUUAAGAGGGCUUUCCCAAAAGUGGCAAUAUGCUGCUUUAAUGUAUACCGCUGCCAACUACAAUACUGCUCCAAGUGGGUUACCGAACCAGAACUACCACACUAUCAGAAACUCUGAGAACUGAUCGAUGAAACUAUGCUGCUGCUACUUAUCGAAGUCGAAAAACACAAACGCACCCAUCAAAUUUUAUGAAAUAAGUUGAAAGUUUUUAGCUACCUUAUUCUCGAUAUUUAUACUAUACGAUAAUCUCAGAUUUUGCUUCAAUCUUUAAUUUAUUCUCAUAACUGUAAUUGAUUCCAUUUUGAUUCAUCUUUCCCUUCUCGUUUUUAUUUAUUGUCGCCCACCUUUAAUUUUUACAAAUGUACUCACAAAUCCAAUGUUCAUUUAUUUUUAUUUGUUUAAUGUACAAGAAACAAGUUCAGUAUUCUUUUUUUGAACAGUGUGAGAAAAACAAAAUAAACUACAAAUAUAAAAAAAACAAUACUUAACGAAUUAAGAGCAUAGGUGCAAAUCUAAAGUAUACCAUGGAAGAAAUCCAAACAGUUGCAACUAUUAACAAGUACAUCAUGCAUUUUAACUAUAUACAAAUGAAUAUUUAAAUAAAAGUUAGUAUUUAGAAAAAAA